AUGGCGAGCAAUGCUGCGCGGGCAUGCGACGGCGGCGAGCCGGAGGAGCACAAGUGUGACAAACCGACGAGGAAGAAGGAUCUAAUUGUUGCGUACGUGCUCAUCUUCGCGGAGCUUUGCUCAGCUCCACUGGCCUUAUUACUGUUAGGUCUUCCAAAGGUCAUAAUAAUAAAGAAACAAGGGAAACUCAGAGGGCAGGACACCUGCUCAUUUCAGAAUACAGACGACAUCUUCUUCAGCCUGCAGCCCGGUCCACCUCCCGAUCGACUACCAGGGUUGUUUGAUGAUCAAGUCAUUGGACAUCUCCAUAAACACAGUUCCAGUUUGUGCUCCGUUGACCUCCUACACGGCUCAUCCCAUAGGAUGGACGAGGCAAUCAUGGAACGCGACGUAUUGGAGCGUAUAUUUGCCGGAAGCAUCAAACCAACAGAUCUGAAGUUAUCAGCUCUACAGAGCGUCACCGGAAAUUUCUCAGAAAAGCAAAUAGUUGGUACGGGCGGAUUUGGAAUAGUUUACAAGGGUGUCCUUCAAAAUGGACAAGUUGCUGUGAAGAGGAUAAAGAACAAUCAUACGAUAGAUGAGAAAGUAUUUCGUCGGGAGGUUAACAACUUAUUGCAUGUCAGCCAUAAGAAUAUAGUUCGGUUUCUUGGCUUCUGUUCUCACACAGAACAUAAAGUAUUCGAAAAUGAAGAAUCGAGAGAUUACAUUUAUGCCGAGAAUAGAGAAAGAAUACUCUGUUUCGAGUACGUCAACAACGGGAGUCUUGAAAAAUAUAUUACAGAUGAAUUAAGAGGGCUUCAAUGGGACACUCGCUAUUCCAUAAUAAAAGGAAUAUGUGACGGUCUGCAGUAUCUUCAUGUGGAAAAACAUAUUAUUCAUAUGGAUCUGAAGCCAGCAAACAUACUAAUAGAUUAUAAUAUGGUAGCCAAAAUAACUGAUUUUGGCUUAUCAAGAAUGGAGGAAAAUGCACAAACAAAAAGUACAGCCGGUUUUUCAUCACCAGGAUACACCGCUCCAGAAUACAUAGAGAAAGGCAAAAUGUCAGUCAAGUAUGAUGUGUAUAGCUUGGGAAUCAUAAUAAUCGAACUGGUGACAGGACAAAGGAGUAUUCCCGAUAGUAAUAGUGUACGUAGAAGAUGGAGGCACAGAUUCCAUAAAUCAGGGAAAGAAACUCUAUUCAGAUGCCAACAGAUAGAGAAACUCAUUGAGAUAGGGCUACUCUGCCAACAAGAUGAUCCCUACAAGAGGCCUUUUAUAUCAGAAAUAAUACAUGUUAUCAAUGAACUAGAAAGCACAUAUAGUAAAAUCAGCAAUACAAACGAAAAAAGUAGAAUCAGCAAUGCGAACGAAUCUACGAUAGGGCAGAUAAGCCCCUACUUGGAGGAUGACAUGCUUGGGAUUGAGCCGCUCGAGUUAUGCUUUCCUUUUAAGCUCAACACUCAGAUAUCAUGCUCAGUUAAGCUAACCAACGAGACAAAUGAUUUUAUUGCAUUCAACUUUGAAACGACAAGCCCCCUGCCAUACUGUAUACAACCAAAUAAAGGCUUUGUGGCUCCACGAUCGAAGUUUGGUGUCGACAUAACAUUGCAACCACUGGACAAGGCACCACAAGAUAAGUACACGGGUGAUUUCAUUGUGCGGAGCACCAGAGUGAAUGACAAUCUUGAGGACAUAACUGAAGAUAUAUUCAAAAGACAAGAGGGUAAAUUGGUGGAUGAGGUGAAUCUGACGAUUACAUAUAAGGCCGGGGAACCCGAAGUGGAUGUGCCACUUGGGUCGCCUAUAAUUUUAGACACAAGAAUUUUGCACGGUCCACAUGUAUCCACGGUGCUGUCAACCGAGGCAGAAUCCAAGAUAAGUGCAUCUACCUCAGAUGAGGUGAUCCAGUUUGAUCCCCCCGAGCUCUGCUUUCCCUUAGUGCCAGAUAAAAAGGUGUUAUCCUCAGUUAAAAUAACCAACAUUAGAGAUCUGUAUGUCAGUAUAGCCUGGUCUUCACCAGAAGAAAACUCCGCAAUGUACGCCGUAACCUGUCCCUUAUCGAUCAUGCCACCACGGUCCACACAAUGGCUCACACUAACAAGAAAAGAAAAGAAAGAUGCAGUAAAAGACAUGCAGUUCAAUGACCAAGUCUUUGUGUGGUACACAAUCGUGGCCGAAGAUAUCAAAGUCUCCGACCUUGAUUCGGAGGAUUACAAGGAAUAUAAGAAGUUGCCUGUCGUUCUAACAAAGAUAAACGAUUCUUGUACUACCUCACCAAAUGAGCUGAUCCAGUUUGAUCCACCCGAGCUAAGCUUCCCUUGCCUGAACAAGACGUCACUCUCCUCAGUUAAUAUAAUCAACAUUACAGAUUGCUACAUUGGUUUCAAUUGUUGGAACCUCACUGAGUUUUCUGCGUGCCACGACAGACAGCCCCGUCAAGGAAUUCUGGCACCACGGUCCACUCAGAGAAUGGUUGUACAAUGUGUACCCAAGGAAAAUGAACCAGUAGAGGACAUGCAUUACAAAAAAAGCAUAUUCGUGUGGAACAUGAUUGUGGCUCAAGGUGUCGAAUCCAGCAGCUUGGAGGAUCAAUGCAGUGAUGAAGACAGUAAGGAGCUGCCCUUCAUUUUUAACAAUAAUAUAAGCAGCCCAUGUACCUCAACCUCAACCUCAGGAGACGAGCUGCUGAUCCAGUUGGACCAUCCUGCAGGGCUUGUCUUUCCGCGAAACAAGACAGGCUUGUUCUCAAUUAACAUUGUCAACGUUACCGAUUACUAUGUUGGUUUUCGUCUAUUUAAGCCCAGAGAAGAUGCGGCCGUGACCCACCGUACACAUACUGAAGUAGGAAUUUUGGCACCACGGUCUGAUCAAAGACUCGUCGUAGCAAGGCUAAUAAAUGAAAAGGAACCACAAGACACAACAUACAACGACGACAAGCAGCUCUUAAUAUGGAAUGCCAUUGUCAGUGAAGGCGUCAAAGUCAGCGACCUUGAUUGUUCCAUAUGUCUCCAGAUAGGGAAGAGUAUCGAGUUGCCCUUGAUUUUUGAUAAGAUAACUUCAUCUACAUCAGUUGAGCUGAUCAAGUUUGAAACCCCCCAAGUCUGUUUCCCCUUCCUGCCAAGCAAACGUCUGUUAUCUCCAUUUAAGAUAGUCAACGUUACAGAUUAUCACAUUGGUUUCGGUACACGAGUUGAGGAAACAAAUGUGGCGUUGUACAUCACGGUGCCACCGUAUGGAAUCCUGCCACCACGGUCGACACAAGAACUGGUGGUAACAAGGGUCGCCAAGAAAGAGGCACCGGAACUGGAAGACAUGCAGUGCAAAGAUAAAUACUUUGUGUGGAGCUGCUUUGUGUCUCAAGAUGUCAACGCCAGCGAACUCACAAGAUAUAUGCCCCAAAGUGAGAGAAGGGAGUUGCCCAUAGUUUUUACGGAGACAAGCUCAAACGAGUUGGUUCAGUUUGAUCCUCCCGAGCUCAGCUUUCCUCUGUUGCCAAACCAGAGAGUCUUGUCGUCAACUAAGAUAGUCAAUAUUACAGAUCAGUACAUCGGUUUCAGAGUAUGCACCAAGAAAAGCAAUUCAGCAAGGUACAACACAAAUCCGGCGGAAGGAAUUUUGCCACCGCUGUCCACGCAAGUAAUCCUGGUAACAAGGAUAGCAGGGGAAAAGGAACUAGAAGACACACAGUGCAACGGCAAGUUUUUGGUGUGGAGCGGCAUUGUGACUGAAGAUACGAAAGCCAGCGAUGUUAUUGAUAACAUGUCCGAGACAAAGUGUACCGGUUUGCCCAUUGUUCUUACACAGACAAGUUCAUCUAUCUCAGAGGAGUUGAUCCAAUUUGAUCCACCAGAACUUCACUUUCCCAUUUUGCCAAACAAGAAGGUGUUGUCCUCAAUUGAGGUAGUGAACCUUACAGAUUACAAUGUUGGUUUCAAUACAUAUAGCAGGCCAACAAAUGUGGCAUGGUACCACACAGAGCCACCGAGAGGAAUCCUGCCGCCACGAUCCACUCAAAAACUUAUGGUAACAAGAGAAGAAAAGGAAGAUGCAUUAAAAUAUAAGCAGCUCACUGAAAAGUACUUUGUGUGGACAGGCAUUGUAUCUGAAUGUGUCAAAGACAGCGAGCUUAGUGAUUGCAUGGCUGAACAAGAGAGCAAAGAGUUGCCCAUUGUUCUUGACAAGGUUAGUUAA